AUGUCUCCUCACGAUCCCAAUCUCUUCUCCCUCAUCAGCUCGGUCUUCGAGCCCAACUUUCUCAUCCUAGUCAGCUAUCUCCUCGUCAACGUCUGCCUUGCCUUCAGAGUCAUUCGAAUCGCAACUCGACGAUACCGUCAGCUCAAGCUCACGCCAUCCGAAUCGGGCGAGAUGGAUGCAGUAGAGCAACUCGUGGAUGCCGACUCAGGCGUAAUGGAAGCAUACGAGUCUCUAUUCAAGCACAAGAAACGACGGAAGAACGACAGAAGCGCCACUCCUGUCGCCGAUGCUCUCAUUCGCCUAGCUGCCUGGGCUGCCAAAACGAAUGCUAUCCGUGCCAAGUGCAUUUUGGUGCUGCUGGCGGUGGUAAGCGUAGGAUUAACUUGGUAUUACAUGUUGGCUUUCUUGCGGCAUUCUUAUUUGGCAUAUCUGGAAAGAUGCCAUCUCACCUCCUAUCCGCUGCCGCCUCCUCCGCCGCCGUUCAGCAUGAAGCGAUUGGAUCAGAUGAUACCGGCGCUGCACUUGCGUCUCUUGCGUAUUUCGCAGUGGCUUGCCUCGCUGAGUCUAUUUAAAGAGGCAUGGAUGGAAGUGAUCAAGGAUAACACUUCAUGGUGGUGGAGUGGUGAGAUUUGCAUCAUUACUGUGGGUGCUUGGGCGCUGUUCUUGCGUCGCGAGGCUGAACGCAUCCGAAUGCCGCAUGUUUGGAUGCUAAUGGCGCUGGGACAGCUGGUGGCAAUUAGUUUUGCCUUCAACCUGUUCAAUCUCGGCAUCAUCUACAGGUUGGAUACGAAGGAUUUAUUGGCCAGUCGCUGCAAUCAGGUGCAUAAGUCGAAACAUCGCGUUAUCGAGCCUUACAAAGAAGUCGACUUCCAAGAUUCUGAUAGCUUCUCUUCCGAUUCGGGCUCUAGCUCGGCGAGUGAUCCUCAUGCCGGUCAUCGUCCAGGAUACCAAGUAGCUCUUAGGACAUGUGAUAUUCAACGGGUCGAUUCGAGACCUCCUUCACCGCCAAGGCCUCCUUCGUCGUUGCCGCCCACGCCGAGUCGAUCGCCUGAUCCGGACGUGCCUAGUGUGGUGACGUUCAGUACGAGCUACAUUGUUAAGAAGACUCCGCUUCCCCCGAGGCCAACGAUGAUGGAUAAGGUGGCGAUCGCGUUGGCCAAGGUUGUGCCAGAGAGGUUUGCGUUGCCACUGUUUGUGGUGGCGGGUUUGUCGUCGGUGUUACAACAUCCCGAUAGUUUUGGCAAGGUGAUGGUUAUGCAUCUUUUUCCGUUGUUGAUUUCGGUUUAUCCGACUAAGUAUCAUUUGCAGCCGGUGGUUAAAGGGCGGGUUGGUGGUGGGAGAAGGGAGGAGGCGGAAGAGGAGGAGGAGGAGGAAGAAAGUAUGAUGUAUCCUGAAGAUACGCCUGGCCUAAGCACAUGGCAGGUACUGCGAAGGAUGAUGGGACGUAGUGAUGACAAGGUGCCGCUUUGGGAGGAUGUCAAGAUGAUGUAUUUCGCUCUUGGGGUUGUUAGUGUGAUUUUAAGGUUUUGGGUUACGAUUGCGUGUCUCAAGGAGAUGGAUGGUGACGGAGGGCUUCUUCAGCGGGGUUGGAGGACGGCAACGCUGCUCUUCCCCACGACAUUCUUCAGGCAUCCGGCACAGAGUUCGAUCAGUUCAGAUCACGUUUGCGUUGCGAUCAGCGCUAUGUUCUUUGUGCUCAUCGAGAGUGGGCUCUGGAUUUGCAAGGCUGCUGUUGCCACUCCCAGUGCCUACCUUGCUGCGGACAACAGCGAUGAGGAGUACGAUAACUUUGACAACACGCACACCAAGGCGUCCCCUUCGACGAUCAGCUUGGUCGAUGAGAAUAGCAAGCUUAUCGAGACUCAAGCGCGCGUCGUGGUGGCGUUGCUGCUUCUCUCGCCUCUGCUUGGAGGGAGUGCGACAAUGUCAUUCUACCUAGCUAUGAGGUGUGGAUGGGUGCAGCAGUGCGAGAGGCAUAAGGAAAGGAAGGAUAGAGAGUUGCUCACUGCUCCAUCCGGGUCCAGAUCAAGGGUGGUGGAGGAGAAAGAGGAAGUGAAGUUCAUUGAGAAUCAAAAAGGGGAGAGGUAUGUAGAGGUUAGGAAGACUAAGGUUGAGUUUAGUGGGAUCAGGACGGCAAGGGUUAGGCCUGGGAGGAUGCCGAGGGCGGUGAUGGAGGAGAUCGAGCGUUUGGAGGAGGUUCCUGUUAGUUCAGGAUCCGCGGAGUCGGACGUAAGGGUAGAAGGUGAGGGGCAGGGUGGUAAGCAGACAACGGCAAGGGGAGCUAGGGGAGCAAGAGCAGGAUCGGCUGCUGGAGAGAGCGAGAGAGGGGUUUCCUCUUCGUUAGACGAGCAACAGGGUGCGGGGAGGAGAACGACGCCUAUGAGGCAAAGGAAUCCGCCGCAGAGGUAUGGGGAUAUGAUGCCGUCUAGUAGCCCGGUCAGUUCUUCGUGGAGUUGA